AUGUCGAAAGCAAAAUACAUUGUUGAAGGAGGAUCCUCAAAUCGACCUCCAUUCUUUGAUGGAUCAGACUAUUAUUUUUGGAAAAACAAAAUGCAGUUGUUCUUAAAAUCUCAAGACACAGGAAUGUGGCGCAUCAUCACAGAUGGAGAUUUCACACCAAGGGUUGAUCAAGAUGACUCGAAUUCUGCUCUAAAAAAGGAAGCAGAUUGGACAGCAGAAGAUAAAGCUAAGGUACUUCUAAACUCUAAAGCUCAAUUAUUCUUAUCAUGUGCUUUAAGCAGGGAAGAAAGUGAAAGGGUAGAUGAAUGCACAACUGCAAAAGAAGUCUGGGAUACAUUGCAAACUCACCAUGAAGGAACAAGCCAUGUCAAAGAAACAAGAAUAGACAUUGGUAUAAGGAAAUUCGAACUGUUUGAAAUGCAAGAAGGAGAAACCAUUGAUGAAAUGUACUCAAGAUUCACCACAAUAGUAAAUGAAAUGCGUUCUCUUGGCAAAGCCUAUACUGUGCAAGAAAGAGUAAGAAAAAUCAUGAGGUGUCUCCCAAUCAUUUGGAGACCAAUGGUGACAGCUAUAAGCCAAGCCAAGAACCUUGAGUCACUGCCUCUGGAAGAACUAAUUGGAACUCUAAGAGCUCAUGAGAUAGUAUUGCAAGAAGACAAACCAGUCAAGAAAGGAAAGGCAAUAGCACUGAAAGUCUCUCAAGAAAAAAUCACAGUUCCAGUUGAAGAGGAAUCAGAAGAGAAUGAACAAGGAGAUGCUGAUGAAAUCGCGCUUCUCACUAGAAGAAUUCAAAGAAUGAUGAGAAGAAGAGAUCAAAUCAAAAAGGGAUUUCAAAACAGAAAUCCUAAAACAGAGAUUGACAAGAGUCAAGUCACAUGCUUUGGAUGCAACAAAUUGGGACAUUACAAGGCAGAAUGUCCAUCAAACAAAAAUCCACCAAAACGAUUUCCCUUCAAAAAGAAAUCAAUGAUGGCAACAUGGGAUGAUUCAGAGGAAUCAGAAACAGAAGAAGAGGAAGAAGAAGCCAACAUAUGCUUGAUGGCAAAAACAGAGGAAGAUGAGGUAAUGAAUUCUGAACCAUGUCAUUUAUGUCAACAAAUGGGAAAUGAAUUUGAUAACUUGCUAAAUGACUCAAAUCUCCUUAUUCAAAAAUGUAGUUCUCUGAAAGAACAGUUUUAUAAAGAGAAAGAAGAGAAGGAAAGAAAUCAAACUGAAAAUAAUUUGUUAAAAAAGAUGAUUCAAGAAUUGAAAGAAACAAGAGUUUUUGAAAGUGAAGAAUGUCAAGAACAUUCUGCGCUACAAACGGAGAACGUUCAACUCAAAAAUGAAAAUGAACUUCUCAAAACUGAUUUACUGAACUUCAUUAAAGCCACUGAAACUUUUCAUAACAUCAUGGGAUCUCAAAUAGGAAUUUUUGAUAAAGCUGGUCUUGGUUUCAAUCAAACUCAAAAAACCAAACUUUAUGAAAACUUCUUUGUUGGUUUUCAAAAUACAAAGAGAAAGCCUUGGUUCUUGGACAGUGGCUGUUCAAGGCACAUGACAGGAGAUAGAAAUUGUUUCAUAACCUUCAGCAAGAAGGAUGGUGGUUCGGUCACAUUUGGAAAUGAUGAUCAAGCUCAAAUUAAGGGAAAUGGAACAAUUGGUAAGACAAACUCUGCUCAAAUAAAUGAUGUCCAAUACGUGGAAGGAUUGAAACACAAUCUAUUAAGCAUAAGUCAGUUAUGCGACAAUGGAUGCGAAGUCACUUUCAAGCCAAAGGUAUGUGAAAUCAAGAAGGCCAAAACUGGAAAAAUUAUGUUCUCUGAACGUUCUUCGACUGCUCCUCCACCAGAAUCUUCUCUGCAUCCACAAUCUUCUCCACAAAAGCAUCCCAAACGAUCUUCCCCUAUAUCCACAUCCUCUAAUUCUGAACCAUCUCCCCCAACUAAGAAACCAAAACAGAAUGCUCCUCCUCUAAUCUCCCUUGCCAAAUCAAAACUCUUCAAUGAAAAAUGGGCUCAACGCCCAGUUGGGAUAGGAAGAAUCUUUGUUUUUGAUAAUCUUGUUGUGGAUGGCAAUGCUGUUCAGCACCAUACGGAUGCUCUUGGAUGGACCUCUUUCUUAAAGAUCUCUGAAUCCUUUUUCCCAGAAGUCGGAGUGGAAAUCAGAUUGACUCCAGACAUUUUGGCCAACAUCCUUCAGCUCCCAACAGAAGGGCCAUCUGUCUUUGGUGACAACUGGUAUUCAGCUUUGGGUCUUGGAAAGACAUAUGUUUUGGCCGAGUUGUUUGAAGAAAACUCCACACGUUAUUUGGCCACUUAUUUGAAGCAUCUCCCCAAAGUUUUCAACAAUAUGUGUCAACAUACUCUACUUCCACACUGUGGAAGUCAUGAGUACGUCUCUGAUAAUGACGCCUUGCUCAUCUAUCAUCUGUUAAACUGCAAAAGAUUGAAUUUACCUCAUUUUAUUCUCCAGCACAUGAUCUGUGCAGCCCAAAAAGAUUACAAAAAGAAUAUUGUGCCUUAUGGCAUGGUCCUGACUAAAAUCUUCAGGCAUUUUGGAGUAUCUCUUGCAUCUGAAAAAUCUUUGAUAAAAAUUUCCAAGUUUUCCACCAAAAAUUUAUCUCAUAUGCGAAACACCGCCUCUGCUCCAACAAAUCCUCUUCCAUCCUGUCCUAUCUCUCUCAAAAGGAAGAGAUCAGCCGGAAGACGACCUUCCAGAAAUUUUGUUUCUCUUUCUUCUCCUUCUACUGAUCCCAAGGAAAUCCCAAACAAAACUCCUACACCAGAACGUUCUCCACCCUCUCCAGAACGAGCUUCCAUCAAUGUUAUGCAUACAUCUAUUUUUAACUAUCUUGCUAUUGGACCUUUACAGAGUACAGGUGUUACCGUUCAAUUGGCAAACAGGAGCAAUGCGCGUCCUACUAGACUUGUGGAGGAUACACAUGUUUUGAACCCACUUAUUGAAUUGAGUCAAUAUUUCAAGAAUCUGUGUUCUGCAACGCUCAUCAAUGAAGAUCUCAUCAAGAUGGAAAAUGGAAUUUCGAUGAUUCUAUUUAAGUUGGAGAAAGUAUUCCCUCAUGGGUUUUUUGAUUCCAUGGAGCAUCACUCGGUGAAUCUUGCAAGUGAAACUAGGCUUGGUGGACCAGUUCAGUAUAGAUGUAGGUAUUCAUUUGAAAGAAAUAUACUAGUUGAAAUUGAUUCCUUGGAAGCUGUUAAGCACAUUGAGGAGGCCGAUAUUGAGCGUGAUACCUGUGGUAACUUGGUGACCGACAUACCCUCCCUCAUGCAAAGAAAUUGGUCCUUAAAUUUGAUCUAUUCUCUCAGGGAAGAUAAUGCUUGUGCAGACAUUUUAGCGAAACUUAGAGCUGAGCAGCAUGAGGUCUAUAUAUUGCUUCCUUGCUUAUGCACCACAACAGCUUCAGCUGCCAUUGAUGGCUGA